UAAUUUAGGUAUACACAAAUACAAUCGGAAAUCUACGGCUAAAACCUGUUAGAUUCAGCCGACUUGAAGUGGAGUGUUUCUUCUCAAACAAAUCUUCCUUUCUUUUUUUAACUCUCUUUCUCUCUCAAAUCCUCGAUUCCACUUCGCUCUCCAGAUCUCCCCAGAAGUUAUUGAAAUGGCAGAAUCGAAGUCAUUGAGGAAACCUGUUUUCACCAAGGUGGACCAACUUCGCCCUGGCACUAGUGGUCACACUCUUACUGUCAAGGUUGUCAGCACAAAGAUGGUAUUGCAGAAGGGGCGUGCUGAUGGUCCUCAAGUUCGUCAAAUGCGAAUUGCGGAAUGCCUGGUAGGAGAUGAGACAGGAAUGAUUAUCUUUACUGCUAGAAAUGAACAAGUGGACUUAAUGAAAGAGGGUGCCACUGUAACUCUCCGCAACGCGAAAAUAGACAUGUUUAAAGGAUCAAUGAGGCUUGCAGUGGACAAGUGGGGUCGUGUUGAGGUUGAUGAACCUGCCAGUUUCAAUGUGAAGGAAGAUAACAAUCUGUCACUGAUAGAGUAUGAGCUGGUGAAUGUUGUUGAAGAGUGAUAUUUUGUGGGCAGUGUUUGCUUUGCUUCUGAGCCAAGAAUAAAGUCCAGUGCACUUGUUGCCCUAAUCUUAUGCUACAUCUCAAUCUUCAAAAGGGUAAUGGAAGUGCAAUUUUAGGAAGAAGAAAUCUGGAAACUAGUGUAGUGCUCAGAGUUGUUUCUCAUCGUUGCUGUAAAUCCAGCAGAACCAUUUGGUUGGAUCUCCAAACAGACAUUUUAGAGCUAAAAACAGCUAGCUUUUGGUACUUGCUUUCACCUGUUUACUUAUUUCUUCUAUUCUGGGUAGCAACUGUUUAUUGCGUUUAGAUUAGACAUGAGAAGUUUAAUAUUAUGUAGGCCUGAAGUACUUCAUAAUCAUAUAUUUCUUGCUGGUCGUAUCUUUUCAAGUUAUAAUGAAGUGAUUUGACAUAGCCUCUUUUUUUUAA